AUGGGUCCUUGCACAGCAGCAAUGAUGUCACUUUCACCCGCUUCAGCCGCAUUAGCAGCGCCGAUGACGUCGAAUGCGUCUUCAGCAACCGCUAGAUCAUGCAUGUUCGUUCGAAGCCGGUCAGAAACGGUGCACUGGAAAGCAUUAUUGACACCAUUACCAUCAUUCCGUGCAAAGCUGCCUGUAACAGCAUGUGUUCCACGGAUAGUAAUCGUUUCUGCUGAAGUUUCGAGAUCUCGGGCUUCUCGGCUAAAUGCAGGCCGCUCAGUACACUACGAAACAGCCAACACUUACGUUUUUAUAGCUCCUGGCGAAGAGGAAGUGUUUCUAUCCCGCGAGGAAGUGCUACAGUGCCUUUUGAAUGAGCUUCAAAGCUGGGAAAAGGACGGGAAACGCCUGUCGGACGACUUGGCAGUUUUUGAGAGUCUGGAGGAAGCAGCAGAGUUUUUGCUCGACUCGGCUUGUGAAUUGGAGUUGGGUGGGGGGAAAGGUGCUUUGCAGUGGUUCGAAAGAAGAGGUGGUGACAGGGACGCGGUUGCGUCGCUGCUGAGCCGUCUCUCAUGCGACGCUCGCGAGUUCUCCUUCGGUGCAACGGGCGACAGCGACAGCGAUGACGACUCUGGCGACAUUAUCGCCUCCAGCCGCGAGAGUCGCGCGACCGCCGUUCCCAGAAUCGCUAUUUCGCACGCAGCUGCGCGAUCUUAUGCUGAAACCGAAGCGAGUGUUAACGCGUACAGAGCAGGCUUCAAUCCUUCUAGUGGUUCUAGCGAUCCCCCCAUAGUUCUCUCCCCCCUCGAAUUCUACCGCGACUAUGUAGCGGCUAACCGGCCGUGCGUGAUUACCGGCGCCGUCAGCCAUUGGCCGGCAUUGUCCCUCUGGCAGACCGACCAGUACUUAAUCGACGCGCUCGGGGAGAAAAGGAUAACGGUGGAUUUCACUCCUGACGCUUCCCUCACCCUCCCUACCUUCCUCCGCCUCCUCUACUCCUCGCGCUCUUCCCCCUCACACUCCCCCUCACACUUAUCUUCACACUCUCCCUCACUCGCCGCAUCACACCCCUCACGCUCGCCCUUCAUCGGCAUUCCCUAUGUUCAGCACCAGAACGGCAGCUUCAGGACAGAAUUUGCCGCCCUAGCUGCAGAUGCAGACGAACACGUCGGAUUCGCCACAGCUGCGCUGGGCGGCAACCUGCCCGAAGCUGUAAAUUUGUGGAUUGGGGACGAACGGGCAGUGACAAGCUGGCACAAGGACCACUACGAAAACUUCUACGUGGUUGUCACGGGCAGGAAAACUUUCCGGCUGCUGCCCCCGCUCGACGUGUUCAGGAUGCGAUGCCCCUACCAGGAGCGGGGUCCGUUUCACAUCCCCCCCUCCGACCCCCCACGCAUGGUGCCAUGGGCCUCUGACGAGCAGGGUCCGUUUCACAUCCUCCCCAGCGACCCACCAUGCAUGGACGAGCGGGGUCCGUUUCACAUCCUCCCCAGCGACCCACCAUGCAUGGUGCCAUGGGCCUCUGUGGAUGCCGCACUGAACCCCCUCAUACCGUGCCCACACGCCCUGGGUGCUUCUGCGACCGCUGGCAGUGCGGACGGGGGUAGUUCCGAGGAGCUUAAGCGCCCCCCUCCCCUGGUCUGCACCAUUGGUCCUGGAGAGAUGCUGUUCCUGUAUGUGAUGACUGUGAGGAGAAUGUGCGAGGGAGUUGAAUUUGAGAGACUUGUGCGUGAGGAGAGGCUUGUAUGUGAGGGGAGUGAGGGAGGAGAAAGCGACAGAGAUGUGUCGUGA